AUGACUGAUGUCAACGAGAACGUUCUUCUCGAAUACAAUGACGCUCUUGUGGCUCGCGUGACGGGCGGCAACGCCUACGACGCGGACAGGCAGAGGCUCCUGCGGGAGUCUUUCGACGACGAUGAGUUGAUGCUGCCUGUGGACAAUGAGGAGAGAGCUGUUUCGGCAGAACUCGCUGAAGAAACGGCGCCAAUACUUGGAAAGGCCCUUGGUGGUCGGCUUCAUACAGGAUUGGCAAUUGAAGGGGCGAGCGGCCGACUGGUGGAAACGGCUGUCGUCGAUGUUCAGCGGGCCGGAGAGAGUCAAGGAAGGGCUGUCACCAGUGGUCAACACGUCGAAGAAAAUCAGCCGAAGAUGAACUUAUUUGCUCGGAUGAAAAGUCUCUGGGCGAAGUUGAAGGAGUGGCUCACUAAACCUUCCCAAGAGUUCGUAAAAUGGAUCAAGUCGCUCAAGGCCAAAGACAAACCGGUCGGUGAGCGCAACACUGCAGACGUGGACAAUGUCAAGAAGUCCAAGGCCGCGAAUGCCGACACCAUUGCCGCCAGGAAUGGUGGAGCUGGCCACAAUUUUGAUUUCAAUGGAGCGGCGAACGCAGGCGGUCUCUCUACUGGAGAAAAGCUAAAGCCACUAGUGGGAGGCGCUGCUAGAGCCGCAGCUGGUGGUGCAGGUAAGCUUACCACCCUUGAUCGAUUAUUCGUCAUCCGUAAAACUGGUGCUAAAAUCUUCAAUGAAGCCAAUGGAGCGGGGGUCGGUUUCCUUGAUUGGAAUAGUAAGGAGCGUCAAGAGCUUCGAGCCGGUACCAAACAAGCCCGCAUGGAUCUUAAUGAACUCGUAAACACGUAUGGCAAGAAAUCCAGAGUAGCGGGCGGUGGUACCACCAAUUCGGCAUGGGAUCAGUUUGUUACGUGGCGCGUGAGAUUUGUCAGAAACAUCAACGACAGAGUGGUGGGCGCUUUCAAGAAUUCGGCAGAGAACGAAGAGGUCACUGCUGUCAAGACUAAGAUCAAGGAGUUUGUUGACCCUAUUGAACGUCUAACGUCUGACACUUUCAGGACAUUCUUAGGGAUGGAUGAUCCCGCGGCCGCAGCUGCUGCUACGAUGAAGGUGACCGAUAAAUCUCAUUCCUAA